AUGACGACCGUUGCUAGUAGAUUCACAGCCGAUAAAGGCAUUUCAAGUACUUCGACUACAUCCCUAAAUGGAGAUAUCCCACCACUAGGUGCGCCUUUGAAGGAGAAGAAAUCCCUUUUCAAACGGGCUCAGCCAGUGGCCAGGGACGCAAUCGCUACUCAGCCCAGCGUAUUCGACGAUCCAGAUACUGCAGAAAAGUAUCACCCCCGAUCAGAUUGGGAAAACUAUCAUAGAUUUGACCCCUUAUUCCGAUGGACAUGGCGCGAAGAAUUCCAAGUUAUCAGAAAGAUGGAUAUAUACAUCAUGGUGUGGGCAUGCAUAAUGUUCAUGGCAUUGGAACUUGACCGCGCCAAUAUCUCACAAGCCCUCACAGACGAGUUUCUCCCUGACUUGCACAUGAACACCAAUGAUUAUAACCUGGGAACGACCGUAUUCAGACUAAGUUUCCUCUGCGCAGAACUUCCAUCGCAACUAGUUUCGAAAUGGAUGGGCCCCGAUCGCUGGAUUCCAAUGCAAAUCAGUCUUUGGAGUAUCGUGGCAGGAAGCCAGUUUUGGCUUUCGGGUCGAAACUCGUUUCUCGCAACUAGAGCUUUGCUAGGUAUACUGCAAGGCGGAUUCAUUCCUGAUAUCGUCAUUUACCUCUCGUACUUUUAUAAACACACCGAACUCUCCAUACGGUUAGGCUUCUUUUGGACGGCCAUGAGUUUUGCAGAUAUUUUGUCGGCUAUAUUUGCAUAUGGCCUCUUGCACAUGCGUGGCGUGGAGGGCAGGGCAGGCUGGCGGUGGCUCUUCCUAAUCGAGGGUCUAUUGACGCUAGUGGUUGGCAUCCUGUCGUGGGUGUUGAUGCCAGCCGGGCCAUGCCAGACCGCAAGUUGGUUCAGAGGGAAGAAGGGCUGGUUCACGGAAAAGGAGGAGAAGAUUAUCGUCAACCGCGUGAUUAGAGAAGACCCAAACAAGAGCUCGAUGCACAAUCGCGAGCCUGUGACGCCAAAGCUACUGUGGCAGAGUCUCAAAGACUAUGACUUGUGGCCAUUGUAUAUACUUGGAUUGGUCUUUCAGAUUCCAAUGAUACCACCUCUCCAAUAUCUCACUCUGACGCUCAAGGGACUCGGCUUCGGAACCUUUUACUCCAAUCUAUUGACCAUCCCGACAACAGUUCUCCACGUCAUCACCAUGCUAGGAUUGACCUACCUCAGCGAAUUCCUGGGCGAACUCAGCCUUGUAGCGAUGCUAGGACAAAUAUGGGUGCUGCCCUUCCUCAUAUACAUGAAUGUUGUGAAUACCGCACUGGUCAAUAAAUGGGUCGUCUUUUCUAUAUUCACUUUACUGCUGGCCUAUCCGAACGCGCACCCCAUCCAAGUCGCUUGGAACUCACGCAACUCCAACGCCGUACGGUCCCGCACCGUCUCCGCAGCAUGCUACAAUAUGUUUGUGCAAGCGAGUGCAACCAUUGCCGCGAAUAUAUACCGAGCAGAUGACGCGCCGCGCUACCAGCGUGGUAACAAGCAACUCCUUGCAGUGUGCUGCAUGAACAUUGUGGUGUAUAUACUCACAAAGCUAUACUACAUAUGGAGAAAUAAGACCCGAGACGCUAAAUGGGAGAGUAUGACCGAGGAGCAGAGGUUGGAAUAUCUUGCUACCACAAAGGAUGAGGGCAACAAGAGGCUUGACUUCCGAUUUGAUCACUAG